CUCCCCCAUUUACCUGGGAGUAGGUGUGUCCCCGGAGGCAGGAGAUGCAGGGUGGAGCCUUGGCGUGGCCGCUUCCCAGCUAGGAGACACUUUCCCAGGCCGAGCUUCAGUUUUCUCCAGGGCUGUGAAGAAAGGAUGCUGCAAGAGACCUGCUUCCAGGCUCUCAGAGAAAAUAAUGAAUGUCAAAGGAAAAGUAAUUCUCUCAAUGCUGGUUGCCUCAACUGUGAUUGUUGUGUUUUGGGAAUAUAUCAACAGCUCAGAAGGCUCUUUCUUGUGGAUAUACCGCUCGAAGAACCCUGAAGUUGGUGACGGCAGAGCUCCGAUGGGCUGGUGGUUUCCAAGCUGGUUUAAUAAUGGGACCCACAUUUACCAAGAAGAGGAAGAAGAUAUAGACAAAGAAAAAGGAAGCGAGAAGGAACGAAGAAAGAAGGACGACAAAGAAGAGCUUCAGCUAUGGGACUGGUUUACUCCUGAGAAACGCCCGGAGGUGGUGACAGUGACCAGCUGGAAGGCACCGGUUGUGUGGGAAGGCACUUACAACAGUGCUUUCUUAGAAAAUUAUUAUGCCAAGCAGAAAAUUACCGUGGGGUUGACGGUUUUUGCAAUCGGAAAGUACCUUGAGUAUUACUUAGAGGAGUUCAUAGCCUCUGCUGACAGGUACUUCAUGGUUGGCCACAGAGUCAUAUUUUACAUCAUGGUGAAUAAUGUCUCCAGGAUGCCUCUGUUAGAGCUGGGUCCUCUGCGUUCCUUUGAAGUGUUUGAGAUCAAGCCUGAGAAGAGGUGGCAGGACAUCAGUAUGAUGCGCAUGAAGAUCAUCGGGGAGCACAUUUUGACCCACAUCCAGCAUGAGGUUGACUUCCUCUUCUGCAUGGACGUGGACCAGGUCUUCCAAGACAAUUUUGGGCUCGAGACCUUGGGCAAGUCAGUGGCUCAGCUGCAGGCCUGGUGGUACAAGGCAGAUCCUAAUGAAUUUACCUAUGAGAGGCGUGAAAAGUCCGCAGCAUACAUCCCAUUCGGCCAGGGGGAUUUUUAUUACCACGCGGCUAUUUUUGGAGGAACACCCAUUCAGGUUCUCAAUAUCACUCAGGAGUGCUUUAAGGGAAUCCUCCAGGACAAGAAAAAUGACAUAGAAGCUAAUUGGCAUGAUGAAAGCCAUCUAAAUAAGUAUUUCCUUGUCAACAAACCAUCUAAAAUCUUAUCCCCAGAAUACUGCUGGGAUUACCAAAUAGGAAUGCCUUCAGAUAUUAAAAUUGUCAAGAUAUCUUGGCAGACAAAAGAAUAUAAUUUGGUUAGAAAUAAUGUCUGACUUCAAAUUGUGCCAGUAUUUUUCUCCGAAAAAUAACACUUGAUUUUAACUUAAUAAAAAAUACUAACAAAAAAGCAAGAUGACAAACACAUACUAUUCCUCCUUGUAACUUUGAGCCUUAUAAUAUGGGUGCGUGAAAUGUAUGAUAAUUAUAUGUAAAUUCCCAGUGAUUUCUCAUCCAUUCUGGGUUUGGGGGAAAUACUAUCAGCUGAAUCAAAGAACCCAUGAUAGGAAAAGAAAAAGGCAGAAACUCUACAUUUGCCAUAAAACAUGCUGGAGAAAAAGGGAAGUGUUUGGCAACAAGGUAUGGUAUGGGGGUGUCCCCUUGAUUUCAAGUUCUUUCAGUUUUUGAGGGGUCUAAAGCAACUUGGAGUUGCUUUACAGCAGGAAAACUCUCAAGCCUCAAAAGGCUCCAACAAUAGAUGCUUCAGGCCAUUUCUAGUUCCUGUCUUUUGCUCAUUCAGGAUGUUGUUUGGCUUCCUCCGUGUGAAAGAUUGGGGGAAAUUCCCAGUAGAUAAUAGUGGGGGUUCCUAACUAGAGCUCCAGGGAACCCAAAGAAGCCAGUAGGUGCUCAGUGUGGAGUGAAAACAAAGCUUCAAUGUAAGUUUGCCAUGAUAAAGCAUAGAGAGUGGAAGAAAAGAGCUGAUCACUAAGGGGCAGUGCCACCCAGGUGGGACACAGGGCACAUCAUGGAUGCAGGUACUGAAUGGGAGGCAGUGGAGAGCAGGGACUUGCAUGGAAGUCGCUUCGUGUUUUGUCCAAGUUGUAUUCCGUCUAUCAGACUCUGCGAUUUGUGUCUUCAGGUCCUCGGUGAGGAGAUGUAGAUGGUGUCAGAAAAGGCAAAGGCCUGAAGUGGAUUGGAAAGGCUUGCCCGGGAUCUGUUUGCAGGACGUGGGCUUCAGCAGAGGAUAGUUGAUCAUCAGAUAGUUCCACCAUUCAGCUAGUCUAAACCUCAGGGCUUCUCAGGCCAUCAUACCCCACCUUGGAGGGCUGAUGUCAGGGAGUAGACUAGAGAAAAAGCCCUCUGUCGAGGAACCUGUUCCAUUUACACUGUGGACAUGUAACAGGCAGAUGGACCUGACAAAAAGGUUCAUUGAUUUUAUAAUGAGGGGUAGCAAUGGGGUGUCCAAUUGUAACAGCUUACCAUUCAAGAGAAGCUGUGAAAUCCUACAUAUUAUUGAAAGCAAGUUAAUAUAAAGGAAGUUAAGAGGCAACAUUUACAUGGUCACAAAUUUUUAAAUUUUGCUUGUGUUCCAAUUUGGGUCAUUUUUUUCAUCAAGCAUUUUAUCUGAAAAGCCAUGGUGCUGGCUUGAUGUACAGUGUAAUGGGCUCCUUUGAUAAAAAGAAACUUGUAUUUUUCUCUAUCAUUUCACUGUGCCUCCUACUCUUCAGUUCUUGCCAAAAUAUCUCACAUUCAACAACAACAAAAAAAAGAAAAAUGGAAUGAUUGGGCUUUGAAAGAGUAGCCACACAUCAGUUAAGAAUUUCUCUAUGACUCACGUGGUUUUGGACCCCAUCAGCAGUGGAGAAUUUAAAGGUUUACCUCCUGAACCAAAGAAAUGAGACAAGUUUAAAGAAAAGAGCUGGUGUUUGCUUUUGAGGGCAUUUCUUGAUUUUUUUCAGAUUCACUUGAAUUUCCAUUCCCAGUGGAUGCAU